AUGUCGACACACUUCCAGGAGACUUCGCAGUCACCACGACAAGCUCAUGCGGUCAACAACAACACGUUACGCACUGAGCUGCAUUACGGCAUCCUCAACGGAUCGGUUCAGACCAGUGGAGCUUCAGAGGAAACUGCACAGGACGGGCUGGGAUACUCAGGUGUAAUGCAUCACAAUAAAAUGGCAGAAAUGGACAGUGACAGAAUGAGUCAGUACAAGUCCACAAUCAGAGCUCGACAGAAACACGGAGUCAAUUCGGCCCUCAUAGCUGCCAUCUCGAGAGAGUCCAGGGCCGGAGAGGCACUGAAAGACGGCUGGGGAGACUGGAACCCACAGAGAAAUGCGAACAACGCCUGGGGACUGAUGCAGGUUGAUGUUAAUCCCAGUGGAGGUGGACACACUGCUGUAGGUGAAUGGGACAGUGAGGAACACAACCAAGGCACUGGGAUCUUGGCUGAUUUUAUUGACUUAAUCAGUGAAAAGUUUGUUGGCAAAGAGCAGAAGCUGAAAGGUCUGCUUGCCAGAAUUUGUGGAAUUGUACUUGACUUCGCUCUUGGGGAUGGGAAUGUGCAUUCCUAUAAAAGUGAUGAACACACAACAGGUGGAGACUACUCCAAUGACGCCACAGCUAGAGCUCAGUGGUACAAAGACCAUGGGUACUGA